AUGGCAGUUUGGGACAGAAAGAUUUCCUGUUGCUUCACCUUAUUGCUCGCUGGAGCUCUGGGUCAAAGUGUGAACUAUCCAGAUCGUGUUUGUGCUGUGAAAGGAUCGACCAUCACCCUCCCCUGCUCCUUCACACCACUGAAGUCUGUCAAUGACAAUGGAAGAGAAGUUUUGAUUGAGGUCGUCAGAGUUGUCUGGUGCAAGAACCACGAAACCUGUUUCGGAGAGACUCCGUCUGUGUUCGACAGCGAAUCACAGAACAACGACCCUCGUUACAGAUACCUGGGAGACAAGAAGGGAGACUGCACUUUACAGAUCUCAGAUCUACAGGAGGAAGACGAGGCAACAUUUCGCCUCAGAGUGGAAACUAAUGAUCCCAGAGCAUCUUUUACUGGCCUAGCAGAAGUGAGUGUCACAGUCACUGAUCAGAUGGAGAUAAGAAGCUCCAGAGAUGACAGAGAGUUUAAAAGAGGGGAAGAAAUCACACUGAGCUGUUCUGCUGCAACCUGCACUAUCCACCAACUGGAGGUCAGCUGGUUCAGAGAUAGCCACGCCCUCUGUGAGUCUGGCCCCACCCUCCAUCUCAGCUAUCUGACUGCAAAGGAUUCUGGGAACUACAGCUGUGGUUUGAAGACGAACAACCACACACUCUCAGUGCCGUACAGCCUGCAAGUGGAAGCAGAAGAGGAAGGAACUAAAGCCUUUGACCCACUGCUGGCUGUUCGUCUGCUUCUCUUCACCCUGCACACUGUUCUCAUCGUCAUAGUAACGGCCAUCAUCAUCAAAAGGACGUGCGUUGGCAAAAAAAAGAUGACGGUGUAG